UUUUUUGUGAGCGACACAUACAAGAUGUCUGCCUCAUUAAGGACAAUUGCUCCGUUCUUACGAACGGCGCGCCACUCCCUUAGACAGAACUCGAGCCCUUUGGUCUCGCUGCAGCGCCAGACCAGGACGCCCGUCCUCAACUUCGCCCGCACCUAUGCCGUCUACGAGCGCACCAAACCUCAUGUUAAUAUCGGCACAAUUGGUCACGUCGACCACGGAAAGACAACACUAUCCGCCGCCAUCACAAAGAGACAAGCCGAGAAGGGCUUGGCAAACUACCUGGAGUAUGGCGCCAUUGAUAAGGCUCCUGAAGAGCGGAAGCGUGGUAUCACCAUUUCCACGGCCCAUAUCGAGUACUCGACCGCGAACCGCCACUACUCGCACGUCGACUGCCCUGGUCACGCCGAUUACAUCAAGAACAUGAUUACGGGUGCCGCCAGCAUGGACGGUGCCAUCAUUGUUGUUGCCGCCUCGGACGGCCAGAUGCCCCAGACCCGUGAGCACUUGCUCCUAGCCCGCCAAGUCGGUGUUCAACGGAUCGUUGUCUUCGUCAACAAGGUCGACGCUCUUGAGGACCCAGAGAUGUUGGAGCUCGUAGAGAUGGAGAUGCGUGAGCUGCUCUCGUCAUAUGGCUUUGAUGGCGACAACACCCCUGUCGUCCUGGGCUCCGCGCUCUGCGCCCUCGAAGGCAAGCGCCCCGAAAUCGGUGAACAGAAGAUCGACGAGCUCUUAAAGGCUGUUGAUGAGUGGAUUCCGACCCCUGAGCGUGACACGGAAAAGCCUUUCCUCAUGCCCAUUGAGGACGUCUUCUCUAUUGGCGGUCGAGGCACUGUCGUGUCGGGCCGUGUUGAACGCGGCACUCUGAAGAGGGACGCCGAUGUUGAAAUCAUCGGCAAGGGCGACGAAAUCAUCAAGACCAAGGUCACUGAUAUUGAGACCUUCAAGAAGUCGUGCGAGGAGUCAAGGGCCGGCGACAACUCUGGCCUUCUGCUUCGCGGUAUCCGCCGCGAGGACAUCAAGCGCGGCAUGGUUGUCGCCAAGCCGGGCACGGUCACCGCGCACAAGAAAUUCCUGAUCUCGCUUUACGCGCUCAGCAAGGAAGAAGGAGGCCGCCACACCGGUUUCCACCAGAACUACCGGCCUCAAAUCUUCAUCCGCUCCGCUGACGAGGCCUGUACCCUCACCUUCCCUGAGGGCACUGAGCAUGCCCACUCCAAGAUGGUCAUGCCUGGCGACAACGUCGAGAUGGUUGCCGAGCUCCAUCACCCCGUUGCCAUCGAGGCUGGUAUGCGCGUCACAAUCAGAGAGGGUGGCCGGACCGUGGGCACUGGCCUCGUUACCCGCAUCCUUGAGUAAGCCAUCUAGUUAGUGGCGAUGGAGAGGUAGCGGGGGUGCCAAGAAAGGCUAUGAGAGGAGCUGGCUCCGGGCCCUUGCUUCGUGAAUGGGUGGGCGCCGCGGAGCCGAGGACACUGUACAAACAUGUUAUGAUGUAUUAAAGGCGCCGUUGCUCUGGGAGCCGCCUAUCGACUCAGGGCCCGCUGAUCUCCCCUCUUCUUCUGGUAUUGUCUUAAUCUUGUAGUAUAGAGAUAUAUGAGGCAAUAAUAGAGGCAUGAUGACGAUCAAUUUGAGAGCUGGCUCCUGGGUAUGCGUUUCUCCCAAGGGGAUCUGCCUAGGUAGAGGAUCCAAGGGUGGAGAUGCGGGAGCUCUGAUGUUGAAGUGCGCAGUAUUCUGCACAUUUAACAGUACUGCAAACGUAUAGCUGAGCAUU